AUGGACCAGUGGCAGAGAACUAAUUGGCAUCCAAUUAAACCUCCUUCAUAUAAGAAGCAGCCUGGAAGACCUAAGAAAUUAAGGAACAAAAAACCAGCUGAUGUUGAAGUACCUGCUCCAGUUCCUCCAAACCCUUUGCCUCCAUUUUACAAUCCACCACCUACUAAGUUGAGAAUGAUUUAUGUCAAGAUGAGAUGCUCAAUUUGUGGCUAG